AUGGUCUCACUUAAACAACUUGCCCUUCUGGCACUGGCCACAGGUGCUGCGACUGUUGAUGCUGCCUCUGGGUCUGGAAAGACGACCCGUUACUGGGACUGUUGCAAGGGAUCCUGUGGUUGGUCUGGAAAGGCGUCGGUCAGCGCGCCGAUUCGAAGCUGUGACAAGAGCGACAAUCCUUUGGCCGAUAUGGCCGCGAAGAACGGUUGCGAGAGUGGUGGGAAGGCAUACAUGUGCUCCAACCAGAGCCCCUGGGCAGUUUCUGAUACUUUGUCUUAUGGAUUCGCUGCUGUGAGGAUUUCGGGUGGAACGGAGAGUAGUUGGUGCUGUGCUUGCUACAAACUGACAUUCACCUCCGGCCCCGCCCAAGGCAAGCAGUUCAUUGUGCAAGCAACCAAUACUGGCGGAGACCUCGGUACCAAUCACUUCGAUUUGGCCAUGCCCGGUGGCGGCGUUGGGCAGUUCAACGGCUGUACUAACGAGUGGGGAGCACCACCUAACGGUUGGGGACAGCAAUAUGGUGGUAUCUCUUCUCGCUCUCAGUGCGACUCCUUCCCUGAAAAGCUCAAGCCUGGUUGCUAUUGGCGCUUCGACUGGUUCGCGAAUUCAGAUAACCCAACUGUCAACUUUGAGGAAGUCACUUGCCCCAAGCAGAUCACGGAUCGUAGUGGGUGUGUUAGGAAUGGCCAGAACCCUACGCAGGGCAUUGAAGGAACGGCUUUAUAUCGCAUUUGA